AUGAAAGUUUACUAUUUAUUAGUAAUUGUGGCCAUAUUGGCUCCUGCCAUAAUUAGGGGUCAUAACUAUGCUCAUGAUUACGAUUAUCCUGCCGAAAGUCCAUGUUCGGAAGAAAACGAUCAUGACGAUGACCAUAGACCACCACCAUCAUGCUCUGGCGAUAAUGAAUCGGAUAAUGGACAUGAUUCUAAUGGCAAUGGAAAUGGACAUAAUCCACCAUGUUCUGGGGAUAAUGGAAACCAUAGACCACCACCAUCAUGCUCUGGCGAUAAUGAAUCGGAUAAUGGACAUGAUUCUAAUGGCAAUGGAAAUGGACAUAACCGACCAUGUUCUGGGGAUAAUGGAAACCAUAGACCACCACCAUCAUGCUCUGGCGAUAAUGAAUCGGAUAAUGGACAUGAUUCUAAUGGCAAUGGAAAUGGACAUAACCGACCAUGUUCUGGGGAUAAUGGAAACCAUAGACCACCACCAACAUGCUCUGGCGAUAAUGAAUCGGAUAAUGGACAUGAUUCUAAUGGCAAUGGAAAUGGACAUAACCGACCAUGUUCUGGGGAUAAUGGAAACCAUAGACCACCACCAUCAUGCUCUGGCGAUAAUGGAAAUGAUUCUAAUGGCAAUGGAAAUGGACAUAACCCACCAUGUUCUGGGGAUAAUUCGUCCGAUAAUGAUAAUGGAUGUAAUGGCAAUGGAAAUCAUAGACCAAGGCCACCAUGUUCUGGAGGUAGUGGAUCCGGAAGUGGUUCCGGUAGUGGAUCGGGCAGUUGUUCCGGUAGUGGUUCCGGAAGUGGAUCUGAUGGUUCCGGUAGUGGAUCGGGUAGUGGUUCCGGAAAUGGAUCUAAUUGCAAUGGAAAUAAUAGACCAAGGCCACCAUGUUCUGGAGGUAGUGGAUCGGGAAGUGGUUCCGAUAGUGGAUCGGGCAGUGGUUCCGGAAGUGGAUGUGAUGGUUCCGGUAGUGGAUCGGGCAGUGGUUCCGGAAGUGGAUCUAAUUGCAAUGGAAAUAAUAGACCAAGGCCACCAUGUUCUGGAGGUAGUGGAUCGGGUAGUGGUUCCAGUAGUGGAUCGGGCAGUUGUUCCGGAAGUGGAUCUGAUGGUUCCGGUAGUGGAUCGGGCAGUGGUUCCGGAAGUGGAUCUAAUUGCAAUGGAAAUAAUAGACCAAGGCCACCAUGUUCCGGUAGUGGAUCUAGUAGUGGAUCGGGAAGUGGUUCCGGCAGUGGAUCGGGUAGUGGUUCCGGAAGUGGAUCUGAUGGUUCCGGUAGUGGAUCGGGUAGUGGUUCCGGAAAUGGAUCUAAUUGCAAUGGAAAUAAUAGACCAAGGCCACCAUGUUCUGGAGGUAGUGGAUCGGGCAGUGGUUCCGGUAGUGGAUCGGGUAGUGGUUCCGGAAGUGGAUCUAAUUGCAAUGGAAAUAAUAGGCCAUGUUCUGGUAGGCCAAACCACAAUUCAGGAGGAUGCGACGACGACACUACAACAACAUGCACUACAACAACAUGCACCACAACAACUCCGUGUCCACCAUCCCACAAUUCUACAACUCCGGAAGGUGAUGGCAAUAAUGGCACAAACGAUACCGCCACCCAUCUCAAUUAUUUGAUGUCGCUCAACGCUUGUGCCUCACUGCCCGAUAAUACCAUACUCUUGGAUUUGAGACAUUGCCGUCGUUUCUAUGUUUGCACCAACAAACGUGUAAAACGUAAUCGUUGUCCAAUUGGUGAAUGGUAUGACAAGGACUUACGUAGCUGCCGUAAACGUUCUCUGGUGACCAAUUGUAUUGCAAAUAAGAAUUAG